AUGGCAGAUGCCUUCGCGAGACUCAAUUUUGGCACUUGGAAUGACACAAGUACCAGCGGCCAACAGGAUGCUCACCUCCCGGAUGCUGCGGUGCGAAGCAUUGCCACCUAUCUGGUGCAGAACGAGCCUCCUGGGCAUGCACUAGUGCAUUUGCUUGCCUUCUGUGGCGUCUGUAAGCAAUGGCGCGCAGUGGCGCGUGAGGUGAACCCGGGAGUGUGCAUCGGCUUCGACGUUCUGGAGAACACGUUUUGCAACCAGUCUUCCAUUCAGCGAUUCAGGCGUCUGAACAUGGUUCAGAAGGAGGAGGUUUUCUACGCGGCUGCAGGGCUCCUUGUUGGUAUGUUCGCGCCGAGUUGGUUGGGGCCCCUGGCCGCCAAGACGGGUUAUACGGAGAUAUGUUUCUCUGGGGAGGCUGUAUCGGACAGGCUGGUGCUCAUGGUUGCGCAGCGCGUCGGCGCCAAGCUCGUGAAGUCUUUCAUGGCUGAAGAGCUUGACCGCGUACAUGUUUCGCAAAAGGACACAAAUUUUAUCGGCCUGUCAGGGACUUUCCUGGAGCCGCUCUUGGAGGGCUGUCAACAAUUAACAACUGCACACGUUGCUAACAUCCCGUCGCUGAACUGGACGGCCUGCAAAAAAUCCUGUGAGAAAUGGGGGCCGAAAUGCCUCACCAAGUUGGUAGUGCGGACGGUCGGCCUGGACGAGAGUUUUGGCAUUAUCAUGUCAAGGCUUGGAAAUUUGACUGAUUUGGAGCUCGACGGGCCGGCAGUAAAUAUUAAGGCUGGCGCCCUGCACUGUCCAGCGUUGAGUCGUGUAAGCUACCUCGUCGGGAGAAAGUCGGACCUUGAUGAGGCGCUCCCCGCGCUUCAACACAUUAAGGAGCUCAAGCAGCUGGAACUCAUCGUGCGCAACUUUAUCCUGACAGCGGAGAAUCUCAGGCACAUUGGUGCUCUUCCUGUCGCUGACCUGAGGCUAGACAGCUACGUGUAUAAGCAGCAGCCCACCCUUAGUCGCAGCAGCUACAGCCACGUGGAUAACGAGGGCGUCAAAGCGCUAGUGGACGGCAUCUGCAACCGGUGGAGCCAGCAGAGCAUGGAUAUGUGCCCUAUGAAGCUGUCGCUGUGUGGGGCCACCGCGCUGACCCAUGACGCGGUGAGCGCCCUCCUGCGGCUGCCCGUACUGACGGAGCUGGACAUCGGGGGCUGCUGCCGCAUCACUGCCAUGGACAAAAUGCGCCUCGUAGCCAAAUGUGUGUAUGGGGAAUGGAUAGUCGUGUACGAUGAGGAAGGCGGGAGGACUCUACGCGCUAGGGGAGAGUGGGAAGCGAAGGUACAAACGCAUACAGCGACUCUCCGUCCUCGAAGAAGUGACGGGUAG